AUGGCGCCGGCGAAGCGCAAGCGACCCCACGACGAUCCCGAACCUCCACCCCCCACCGCCACCGGUUCUGCCGUCGCCGCCGGCGCAACACCCGCCGAUCCGACGACAACGCGUCGUGCAACGCGUCAAACCCCGAUUCUACCCCCUCCGAUCCCGACCUCCGUCACCGCAUCCCACUCGCAACCUUUGCACACUUCCGUUGCCGCUACUGCAACCACCAUCGCCGAGGACAAGCGUACCAGCGGACGUCGUCCUUCGAAUUCCAAGCCAUACCCACCAUCCAAGAUCUCUGAGACGCCCAUACCCGUACCAGUACCGCCUACGUCUUCAUCGUCGGCAUCGCAUCUAGCACAGCAGCAACCAUCUAUACCACGACCGAUCGGUCAAGUCUCGACACCCACGCCGCAAGAACCCCGCGUAACCCGUCAACGACGCGAGAGUGCAAACGAUUCUUCGCCCCAAAUGGCCUUCAAAGAUGCAAAAGAAAAUAUCAGGCCCGUGACGCUCGUCGCGCCAAAGAUCACCUACCAAGCACCGCAGACACAAGCCCACCGCAACCGCACCGGAGGCAGCCUCGUCCGCCCAAGCCCGCCCACGAGCCAGCCACCCAUCACGCAGCACUUCCGACCAAUCUCGACGACGACGACGACAACAACAACGACGACACGACCUACCUACCACCACACAAUCCCCGCGACCGUCACCGCCGUUCCCGUCCCCGUACACCCGACAUCGACAUCGACAUCCUCCAAGCCAGCGGCAGCAACAACAGCCCCACCACCUCCUCCGAGGACAGCAGACAAAUCCGCCCCGCGGACAGAUCGAAAUAUCGACAAGGUGAUGCUCGGCAACAUCUGCUUCCGGGCGUGGUAUCCAUCCUACUACGGCAAAGAAGUCCUCGGCGAAGCUGCAGGCGCAAAGGCCAGCGGUGGCGGGAGCAAGAACCCGCUUGCACACCACGAUGUGACCGGCGGCGCGAACAGCAGCAACGGCGGCGCAAAGAACCAGCACCGCAAGGGUGGCGACGCACCCAUGCUGGAUAGGCUAUACGUGUGUCCCAUGUGCUUCAAGUAUUCCAAGGAACUCGUGGCGUGGUGGGGUCAUGUCCGCAUGUGCGAGCGCAACGGGGUGGUGCCGGGGCGGAAGGUCUACCGGCAUCCGAAGGGGCGGAGGCUGGUGCGCAAGGAGAUUGCGCGGACGACGGGGAAGAAGACGAAUGUUGCGCCAAAGUAUACGGAGGAGUAUGUUACGGAUGAGGGAGAGUGGAGUGUGUGGGAAGUUGAUGGCGAGCAGGAUGUGCUAUUCUGCCAGAAUCUCUCCCUCUUCGCCAAACUCUUCCUCGACAAUAAGUCCGUCUUCUUCGACGUCCGCGGCUUCAACUACUUCCUCCUAGUCUACACACCUCCUGCCCCCAAGCCGACCCCCAACCCCGUCUCCCACCAAGACCCAUCACAGUCACAACCACCGCCUCCGUCGUCGCCGCCGCCGCGUCCACACAUUGUCGGCUUCUUCUCCAAGGAGAAAAUGUCAUGGGACAACAAUAACCUUGCCUGCAUUCUCGUCUUCCCGCCCUGGCAGAAGAAGGGCCUCGGCGCGCUGCUCAUGGGCGUAUCGUACGAGAUCUCGCGGCGCGAAGGCGUGCUAGGCGGGCCGGAGAAGCCUAUCUCGGAGCUAGGAAGAAAGGGGUAUAAGCGGUUUUGGGGCGGGGAGGUUGCGAGGUGGGUGUUGGGAUGUCCGAGUAAUGGCAGGGGCGGGAAUGACGCGGACCCGGCGUUGCUAGUUGAUCUCGAAGACUGUAGUCGGUCGACAUGGAUCGCGUUGGAGGAUUGUCUUGCGACGUUGAAAGAGAUGGGUGUUGUUGUUGAGGCUGGGAGGGGGCCUGGGAAGCCGCCUGCUAAGAAGAGGCGGAGGAAGAGGAUAGCGGGGGAGGACGGUGUGGACGGGGGUGAGGAAGCGGUGGAGGAGGAGGAGGAGGAUGGGGAUGUUGAGAUGGAGGAGGCGGAUGCUGGGCCGCGGCCUGGUGUUCCGAGGGUGAGGGUUGAUAAGGCGGCUGUUUGGGCGUGGGUUGCUGCGAAUGGGAUUAGUCUUGAGAGGAUAUGUGAUCCGGAUGGGUUUGUCGAGGGGUAUGCUAUUAAGCAGCCGGACGUUGAGGAGGAUGAUGAGUGA